UAGGACACUUAAACAGAAAAAGUAUGUCUAUGUUACAAGACAUGACCUAUGGUAUUGAUAAACUCAUGGUAAGAAAUGAUCCGUGUGAAGUAUGUAUCAAAGGGAAGCAUGUCAGAUUACCAUUCAAGAGAAGUAAAUUUAGAGCACAGAAACCCUUAGAGUUAGUGCAUACUGACCUAUGCGGCCCAAUGGAGACCAAAUCCAUAGGAGGCAACAGAUAUUUUUUUAUCCUUAUUGAUGAUUAUUCAAGAUACACAAUGAUAUAUUUUUUGAAAAGCAAAGAUGAAGUUACACAAGUUUUUAAAGAAUACUGUGCACUGGUAGAGAAUGAGAUGAAUCUUCAAAUUAAAACAUUACGAUCGGAUAACGGAAUGGAGUAUAUUAACCGGAACAUGGAAAACUUUCUUCGAGAAAAGGGAAUUAAACACCAAAGGACUGUAAGAUACACUCCACAGCAAAAUGGUCUGGCGGAGAGGGCAAACAGAGCUAUAGUUGAUAAGGCAAGGUGCUUGCUUCAAGAUGCUGGCCUGCCCAAAGAAUAUUGGGCUGAAGCAGUCUCAACUGCAGUUUAUUUAAAUAACAGAAGUCCUACCAAGUCUUUGUCAAAUAAGACACCAUAUGAGGCAUGGUACUCAAGAAAGCCUAACUUAAGGUUUUUGAAAAUAUUUGGGUGUGAAGCCAUGGUACAAGUUCCAAAAGAAAGAAGAAGAAAGUGGGACCCCCGCUCAGAAAAAAUGAUUUUUGUCGGCUAUUGCCAAAAUACUAAAGGCUAUAGAUUAAUUGAUCCUGUGACAAAAAAAGUAACCAUUAGUAGAGACGUAAUAUUUCUGGAAGAAAAAAUGAUAAAUAACAGUGAGCUACAGAAUAUCAAAGACAUAUAUCAUUCUCCGGACAUUCACAAUGAGGAAGAGAUUGUCAGUGAUGACGAGCAGGAAAUUACCCAGGACAAUCAAAGUGAAGAAUGUCACGAAAUUGAACACUAUAACCAGGGACAACAGGAAGAAUUGGAGAUCAACCAGGAACAAGUGCGACGUACGAAAAGAACCCCAAAGCCUAAAUUUGAUCCAGAUUUUGUAUAUUUGCUUUCAGAAAACGACGACCCUUCAACAGUGAUGGAAGCAAGGCAGAGCCCACAAGCAGCCAAAUGGGAGGCAGCGAUGUCAGAAGAACUAAAUUCAUUUGCUGAGAAUGAUACGUUCGAAUGGGCAAACUUGCCGAAGGGCGAAACAGCGUUAAGGACAAAGUGGGUGUUCAAGUUAAAAAAAUCAACCAAAGAAGAAGCAAAAUACAAGGCAAGGCUAGUGGUGAAAGGUUGCAGCCAAAGACAGGGGAUUGACUACGAAGAGACGUUUUCUCCUGUAGUGAAGUAUCCCUCAUUGAGAUUUCUCUUCGCUCUUGCAACAAAGAAAGACAUGAAUAUCACCCACAUGGAUGUCAAAACCGCAUAUCUGCAAGGACAAAUAGAUAAAGAGAUAUAUGUUAUUCCACCUGAAGAAAUGAAGAAUAAACCAAAAGGAAAAGUGUGGCUCCUGAAAAGAGCAAUGUACGGCCUUAAACAGAGUGGCAGAUGUUGGAACCAACGACUUCACACUGUGAUGACUGGAUUGGGACUACAGCAAUCAAAGGCUGAUCCCUGUAUUUAUUUCAAAGUCAUUCCCGAUGGUAUGAUAGUAAUAGCUAUAUAUGUUGAUGACCUCUUAAUUUUUUCGAAUCAAUGCGACCUACAGACAUGUGUGACUCAAAAAUUAGAAAAUGAAUUCUCUAUGAAAAAUUUGGGUGAAGUUAAAGACUGCCUUGGUAUGAACAUCACUCGAGAUAGAAAACUGGGGAAGUUGUGGAUUAAUCAGACUACAUAUAUCAAGAAGAUAAUUGAAAAAUUUGGUAUGUCAGAGGCUAACCCCGUGUUGACACCAAUGGAACCAGGUAUCAUCCUACGAGAACUAGUGAAAAGUGAUGUUAACAGUGCUCAGUGCAAUGAUUCAGUGCCCUACCAACAAGCUAUUGGAAGCCUUCUGUAUGUCUCACAAAUUUCGAGACCAGACAUUGCUUUUGCUGUCAAUAGUCUGAGUCAAUUCAAUAACAACCCACUCAAGUGUCAUUGGCAGGCAGUUAAGAGAGUCAUUAGAUAUCUCAAGGGAACAAGUGAUCUAAAGUUAGAAUUUAGUAAAAAUGAAAAUUCUAACUUGUUAUGUUUUAGUGAUGCCGAUUGGGGCAACAAAAAUAAUGAUAGACACUCUGUCAGUGGAAGUAGUUUUAAAUAUAUGGGAGGCUUAAUCUCAUGGGCUAGCAAAAAACAAAGAACAGUAGCGUUAAGUACUGUAGAAGCCGAAUAUGUGGCUCUUAGUUGUACAGUUCAAGAAGCCAUGUGGCUUAGAGUCUUAUUUAAAGAACUAGCAAAUGAGACUAUGCCUACCACUGUCUUUUGUGAUAAUAUGGGUGCAAUACAUUUAGCCCAAAAUAAUGUAACCAGUCAAAGAUCAAAACACAUUGACAUAAGAUACCAUUUUAUAAGGGAAAGUGUCCAAGGCAAAUUAAUUAAGCUAAAUUAUUUACCAACAGAACAAAUGCUAUCUGAUAUUCUUACCAAGCCUCUAAAUAGAGAGAAACAUGUACAUUUUGUGAAAAUGAUGGGAUUGGUUUAAGUUUUAUCCUGAAUUGUACUUAAUUGUUAAGACAAUAAUUUAAGGGGAGGUGUUAGAAAUGUAAAUUAUUGCAACCCUUUUGUAACCUCAGUUUUUAGUUAGUCCUGUAGAGCAAGUUUGUACGACGCAAUAUAGUGAUACUUGUGUGUCUCGUGUUUUUCUUUUCAUCCCAAAA